GUCAUCUGGAGCCUCAAAAUGUUUGCCAAGGCAACAAGGAAUUUUCUUAAGGAAGUUGAUGCUGGUGGUAACCUGAUUUCAGUAUCAAACUUGAACGACUCUGAUAAGCUACAUCUUCUAAGUCUGGUGACCAAAAAGAAGAGAUAUUGGUGCUGGCAAAGACCUAAGUACCAGUUUUUAUCUGUCACCCUUGGAGAUGUACUCACAGAGGACCAGCUUCUGAGUCCAGGUUCCUGUGCUCCGUUUGUUCCAGUGGUCGUGGAGUCGGACUUCGUGAAGUACGAGGGCAAGUUUGAGAACCACGUGAGUGGGAGCAUUGAGACUGCUCUGGGCAAGGUCAAGCUGAACGUGGGAGGCAAAGGCCUGGUGGAGAGCCAGUCUUCCUUCGGGACCCUGCGGAAGCAGGAGGUGGAUUUGCAGCAGCUUAUCAGAGACUCCGUGGAGAGAACAAUAAACCUGAAAAAUCCCGUGCUCCAGCAGGUGCUGGAGAGGAGGAAUGAGGUCCUGUGUGUGCUGACGCAGAAGAUCGUGACAACGCAGAAGUGUGUGAUAUCUGAGCACGUUCAGAUUGAGGAGAAGUGUGGCAGCAUGGUAGGGUUCCAUACCAAGAUAGUGCAGGUGUCAGCGAUGGAGGAUGGGAAUAUCCUCAAGGACAGCAGUGUGGUGCUGGAGAUCCCGCCGGCCACCACCAUCGCCUAUGGCAUCAUCGAGUUGUAUGUGAAACAGGACGGCCAGUUCGAAUUCUGCCUCCUCUAUGAGAAGCACGGUGGCUUUCAGCAGGAGCGGAGAUCUGACCCUGUCUAUCUGGACUACCUGGCCUAUCGAGAGUUUGCUUUCAAGGAUGUGCCGGAUGCCAGCCACGGGAUGUCUUCCCAGGAUGGACUGUUAAGUGUUUUAAAACAAGCCACUCUGCUGCUGGAGAGAAAUUUCCAUCCCUUCAUGGAGCUGCCAGCGCAGCAGCAGAUGGCUCUGUGCACCCUCCUGCAGGCGGUCCUGUUUGAUGAGGAACUCCUGGUGGUCCUGGAGCAAGUGUGUGACGACAUGGCUGGCGGCGUCUGGUCCCAGCAGGCAGCGCUGGCAAUGGGGGAGUUGAAGCCCCCUCAGCAGCAGGACCUCACAGCCCUUCUGCAGCUGGUGGGAUGCAGGAUACGAGGGGAGCGUCCUGGCCCUGAGGAUGAGGUCAACAACCAGAAACUCUUUGCAACGGCCUACUUCCUGGUCAGCGCACUAGCAGAAAUGCCAGAUAAUGCUGCAGCUCUGCUGGGCAUGUGCUGUAAACUCCGUAUUAUUCCUGCACUGUACCACUUGCUUCGUGCUUUAUCUGAGGAUGGAAUAUGUGACCUUGAAGACCCAACUUUGGCCCCUCUGAAAGAUACAGAAAGGUUUGGGAUUGUACAGCGCCUGUUUGUUGCAGCUGACAUUAACCUCGAGCAAGGGCAUUCGUCUGUGAAAGCUGCCAUCCUAAAGGAUCCUCAUAUUUUCCCUCUAAUUCUUUAUAUUACUCUGAAUGGACUCUGUGCUCUAGGCAGAGAACAUUAGUAAUGUCUCGUCAAACACAAGUACCUGUAACAAGCCAAGGCUGGGUGUUUCUCAGAAUUAAAAUACUGUUCUGGGGUUUAGGUCUGAUGUAUCUUAAAAGUUGAUCAAUGAAAUGAAUUACAAAAUACUUUUACUAGGGGUGAUUUUCUGCUUUGUGAACGCCAUCAGGCACUCUUUACAUGGUUUCUUUUCAUCAGAGGCCUUCUCCUGCUGGUAAAUGGUGAAAACCUGGUAUCCAAGGUAAAGUCUAGUACCAGAAUGAGAUUAUAAGCAGUUGCACACUCAGACUUUUUUUCUGCAGAAUAAUGGGUCCAUCUAUCAUUUUCUUAUAUUUUCUACUUUGCUAUACAAAAACAGAGGAGCCUGACACUUUAACCCCAAAAUUCAUUUUAACUUGUGAACACCAUAGCAAGGUAGCUUCUCUUCACAGAAUCUACAUUUUGGAUGUGCUUGCUGUAUAUUAUUUGGUGACUGAAAAAUGAAUUAUAAAUGCUACUAGAGACUGUAUGCAUUCUUCUGCGAAACAAAAUUAUACUAAAAAUCUAGUAGUAACACACCCCCCAGAAAGUCUAACUGUAUCAUUUAACCUUGCUAUGCUUUGAUAAAUGUAUUAAUUCUAUGUCUAGAAUAAUGUGUUCUUCUUAUGCAUUUUAGUAACUUAAUUUGCCAAAAUUACAUUUUCUAUCAAAGGAAAUACUGAACUGUUGUACAUUUUGGUUUUUAUUAUUUUAAUAGCCUUCUAUUAUAAAUGGCUUGGACUGUCUCCCCAGGGCUUCUAAAUCCACUGACAGGAUCUACCAUCCAUCAGGGGCCUGAAGCCACUGUUUUACCUCAACAUCACCUGCUUAGUCCGUUUUGUCCUUUCAGUUUUCAAUAAGCAUUAACAAGGAAGAAAUAAAGCAUGUCAUCUUUUCAU